UUCCGAAAACCGCGAUUCUCGAACCUAUCUAUCUCCUAAGAAACAUGGCUAGUGAUUUUCCUUCACGUGUUCAAUCAUCCCAACUUGAACACGAACAUGAACAUGCUAGUUCCCACAUUCUGGCGAAUGUUUCCGACCACGAAACCUUUCACGCAUCCUCGUACAAUCCGUUUCCGAGCCCCACGUGCAUCCAUGACGCGAUGCAAUCAUGGGCAUGCAAAACCGAAGCGCCCGCGGAAGCGCGUGAGGUGCACGCGCCUCCGAUGUGGAAGCGCUUCCGGGGCGUGAGGCGGAGGCCGUGGGGGAAGUUCGCGGCGGAGAUAUGGGAUUCGAGGACGAAGAGUGGAAGGGUUUGGCUGGGGACAUAUGAGACUGAGGAAGAAGCUGGUUUGGCUUAUGAUAGAGCUGCUUUUAAGAUGCGUGGUAGCAAAGCAAAGUUGAAUUUUCCGCACUUGAUUGGCUCCCACGCGCCACCGGAGAGAGUGGGAGUGGCGGCGGGCUCGAAGCGGCGGUCGCCGGAGCCUUGUUUGGCUGCCAUGGAGCAUGGAUCACGGCCACAAGGGUCGAAGAGGAGGAGUAACCUAGCUGAGUUGCUUAAUAGAUUGGCCAAGAACAGAAGCCUAGUGUGUGUUCCAAACGAGGCACGUUAAUUUUGUUUUAUCUAUAUGUGUUUGUUUGGGUAUAUGUUUAUAAUGUUGAUUGUGAGUAUUGAUUAUGCUUAAAAUUAGUUUUGAGGAAAAUGUUAUUAUUGAAUACUUUGAAAGAAAAUUAUUUUUGAUCGACUAAUUACCAAAAACGUGUAAUAGGCCAAUCAUAU